AAAAAAAAGAAAUCAACAAAAAAAGAAGUUAAAAAAAAAAGCAAUAAAUAAAUUAAAGCACAACUGAAAUGGCGGAGCAGAAUAGCUGAGAGGCUGAGGCUGAAGGGAUUAUCUGUCAAUUUGUUUCCUCUAGAGACGCCACAUUUCCACUACCUCUCUCUCUCUCUCGCUCUACGCUUUGGACUUGGUCGAGUGAUUUCAUCUCUUCACCUGGGGAUAUGGAGGUGAACCACUGAUUUUUGAGAGCUUAUAAAGUGAAAAACAGAUUGUUGAGACUGAUAUUAAUCUCUCAUAGAAGAGAGAAGAAAAAAAGUAGUUGGGUUUGUGCAUCAUGUGAUUGGGAGUUGAAAAGGGUGGUUGGGUUUUUGAAAUGAAGUCUUAGAAGAAAAAGAAGAAGCUCUGGUAAGUGGUUUUUGUGGCUUUCUUUCUUGGGGAGUUGUUAAUUUUUGUUAAGAGGGGAAGAUAGAAGAUGGAGACACAAAAUCAGAAGUCUCUGGAAAGAAUUGUUUCACAAAAAGCAUUACAAUUAGGGAGUUCAUUUCCUUGUCAAAUUUGUGUUGUGGGUUUUCUUUGUGGCGUUUGUAUUGCCUCUCUGUUUCUUGGUGCUUUUACUUCAUUUGGUAGCCCUUUGGGAUUUGGUUGGAGUUCUUUCUCACCCAAUUCACAACCUGCUUCAUUAUGGAACUCCUCGUCUGAAAAUAUCAACUGUAACUUGAGACCAAAGGAGAUUGAGAAACUGAAGGAUUUUCAGAGAAUUAAGGUAAAUAUUGACGACGAGAAAACGUCCUUACUAUACUCAGCUUGGAGUUCUUUGUUGACUGAACCGAUCAGCGGACGAAAUGCAUUUUUGCGGGAUCUUGGAUUGGACAAAGCCAUAUUACCAAAUCCACCCCAUUUGGAAGAUUGCAAGUCGAAAGCAAAAGCAAAUAAGCAUUUCGAUGAGCGGUCUGCAAGCAAUGGAUUCCCUCCUUGGACAAGUUGGAAAGGGUUUCUAGACAUGCACCCAACUACUACGACUGAGGAAUCAAGCAACCUUUGGCACCAAGAAAUGUUAGAAGGUUCCUACCCUCCCUGGGUUUCAGGAUCAGAUGAAGAAAAUUACCCAUUAACUAGAAAAGUACAGCGGGAUCUAUGGAUCCACCAGCAUCCGUCGAACUGUAGAGAUCCAAAUGUUCGGUUUCUUGUAGCUGAUUGGGAGCGGUUACCUGGAUUUGGUAUCGGAGCUCAGAUAGCGGGAAUGUGUGGACUUCUUGCUAUAGCGAUCAACGAGAAGAGGGUUCUCGUUACAAACUAUUAUAAUCGAGCAGACCACGAUGGAUGUCAAGGUUUGUUUCGGUCCAGUUGGUCAUGCUAUUUCUUACCUGAAACAUCCCAAGAAUGUCGGGACCGUGCCUUUGAACUUUUGGGGAACAAUGAAGCAUGGAAGAGUGGAAUCAUAACAGCAAAAGAAAAUUACAGCACCAAGGAAAUCUGGACUGGUCGAAUUCCUAGGUCAUGGGGAAACCCUUGGAGUUAUUUGCAACCCACAACAGAAGUAAAUGGAAGUUUACUUUCUAAGCAUCGCAAAAUGGAUAGAAGGUGGUGGAGGGCACAGGCAGUGCGCUACUUAAUGAGAUUCCAGACAGAAUACACAUGUGGUUUAAUGAAUGCUGCUCGCCAUGCCGCAUUUGGGAAGGAAGCUGCAGAAAUGGUUCUCAAAAGUCUCCAUGGAAAAUGGCCAAAGAAAGAUUCAGUGACAUCAAAAUAUGAUAUAGAAGAUUUUGUAUGGUCGAAUCACAAAGCAUGGAUACCUAGGCCACUCUUAAGCAUGCAUGUAAGAAUGGGAGAUAAAGCCUGUGAAAUGAAGGUUGUUGAAUUUGAAGAAUACAUGGCCCUUGCUAAGCGCAUUAGAAGACGGUUUCCAAAUCUUGACAGCAUUUGGCUUUCGACUGAAAUGCAGGAAGUGAUUGAUAAAACGACAAGUUACCCAUCCUGGAAAUUUUACUACACAAAUGUGAAGCGACAAGUUGGAAACCUUACGAUGGCCACCUACGAAGCACAGCUUGGUAGAAUAACCAGUACAAAUUAUCCCCUUGUGAACUUCUUGAUGGCAACUGAUGCUGAUUUUUUCGUUGGAGCAUUGGGUUCAACAUGGUGCUUUCUUAUAGAUGGAAUGAGAAAUACAGCGGGCAAAGUAAUGGCUGGAUACUUGAGUGUAAACAAGGACCGGUUUUGGUGAAGGAAUAUUUGUCUCUCUAGUCAAUAAAUAAAUAGGUAGGAUUUGUAAAUAGGAUUUUUUUUAGUCUCCAUUCUUCUUUUGGCCUUCUUUUGGAGGGUAAAGAGAUAGGGAGAGUAAUGAGAUCUUGUGGUGUAUAUAUCGUACAUGUACAGUGAGGUUGACAAGAAAUGGAACUUUGUUCUAUAUCUAUUCUUUAAAUAUAUAUAUGGUGUUGGGUGGCUACUAAGCUGUAAAGUUGGAGAGUUGAUGAUGGAUACAGGCGAAAUCUAAAAUUUUGUUUGAACA